AUGGCCAGCACGGGGAAUGCCGCGUAUUACCUUGGGCCAAAGCUUAUGGGCGUGCUCGUCGAGGCAAUCCUCACGGGGAUGAUGAUCAAUCAGUCGGUCACGUUCUGGGACAAGGCGGAGCGCGGACGGUUCACCCUGCAGGCGCUCGUCGGUGUAGUCACCAUCAUCGCGCUAUUCCAGACGGGAAUCUCGUUUUAUUCCAUCUGGCAGGCCUGUGUCACCAACUUUGGCGACUGGGUGGCGACGAUCGCAUUUACGUGGUGCGAGAAAUCGCAGUCGCUCAUCACGAACAGCUUGGCUGUCCCGGUCCAAGCAUUUCUCAUCUGGCGAUGCUGGAUGCUGCUGAGCAGACGGUGGUAUGUCCUCGUACCACUCACGUUAAUGCUCCUGGCGAGCAUCAUCACGAGCAUUAUCGUCACCGUCCAGACGUUUUCGAUUCCCGACAGUUGGUGGUAUAUCCCCACACCUGCCCCACCGGAGGUUCCCAUCAGCAGCGUCUUUAUCCUCUCGCUCGCCUCUUCCGCUGUGCUCGAUGUUGCAGUAACGGGAAUCCUCCUCACGUACCUGGCACGCGCCAAGCCCACCAUCAUAUCUUCACGAUUCCGUCGCGUUAUGAAACGACUCACGAUCCUCGUCUGGGAAGCAGCAAUUCCCCCAUGCGUCUGUGCUAUCGUCACAGUUAUCCUGUACUCCACUCAGGCCAGUGAUAAUUACUGGGACCUUGGGUUCCAGGCCGUCCUCGGAAAGCUCUACGUGGUCUCGCUAUUCGUCACGCUGAAUGGACGUGCAAGUCUGCACGAGCUUCCGGACCACAUGUCCGUUGUCACUUGCCAGUGUCACUGCCACGCACAGUCGCGCUAUCAUGCGACUGCAUUGUUCACUCCCAGCGACCAUAUCCGGCUUGAUAUGUCGCACGACGUACCCCCCUUAACGCCUUGCGAUGGCAGCCCGACCGAUGUAGAACGCAGCAGCCUCGGUGAGCUCGCUGCGCGCGAGCGCGACAUCGAGAAGCUGGAAGGGACGCCGAACAGUUGA